AUGUCUUCCAACAAGAUCUGGCUUCGUGCUGAAACCAAGCCCGCCGAGGCUCGGUCUGCUUUGACCCCAACUACUGCCAAGGCUCUUAUGGAUGCUGGCUAUGAAGUGACUGUAGAACGCUCUACACAGCGAAUCUUCGAUGAUGAGGAAUUCGCAAAGAUUGGUGCCCCACUAGUCGAGGAGGGAUCCUGGGCCAAGGAUGCUCCCAAGGAUGCAUACGUUUUGGGUCUCAAGGAACUGCCCGAGGACGAUUUUCCUCUUGAACACGUCCAUAUUACCUUUGCCCACUGCUACAAGAAACAGGGAGGCUGGGAGAAGGUUCUCAGCCGGUGGCCUCGUGGAGGCGGAACCCUCUUGGAUUUGGAGUUCCUCACUGAUGAAGUUGGACGGAGAGUUGCUGCUUUCGGCUGGUCGGCCGGUUAUGCCGGUUCCGCAUUGGCUGUGAAGAACUGGGCUUGGCAAUUGACUCAUCCUGAGGGCGAGCCUUUGCCCGGUGAGGUUCCGUACGCUAACCAGGAGCUCCUCACUCAGUCCGUGAAGGAGUCCCUGGAAGCUGGCAAGAAGCAAUCCGGCCGGUCCCCCAAGAUUCUUGUCAUCGGAGCUCUUGGACGUUGCGGCAGCGGUGCUGUACAACUUGCCAAGGAUGUUGGUAUCCCCGAAUCUGAUAUCAUCCAGUGGGAUAUCGAGGAGACGAAGAAGGGCGGUCCUUUCCAGGAGAUUGUCGACGCAGAUAUCUUCGUCAACUGCAUCUAUCUUUCCAGCGAGUCUAUUCCCGCAUUUGUCAACGUUGCAUCUCUCUCUACCCCUAACCGCCGUUUGUCUGUCAUUUGUGACGUGAGCGCUGAUACCACUAACCCCAACAACCCUAUUCCCGUGUACGAUAUUACCACCACUUUUGACAAGCCCACAGUGCCUGUCACCCUGCCGGCGGGAACGCAAGGCCCCCCUCUUAGCGUGAUCAGUAUCGACCAUCUCCCCUCGCUUCUCCCUCGUGAAAGCUCCGAGAUGUUCAGUCAAGCACUGCUUCCUAGUCUGUUGCAGUUGAAGGAUCGGAAGAACGCUCGCGUCUGGACGCAAGCAGAAGAUCUGUUCCAGCAGAAGGUUGCCACUUUGCCAUAGAUAAUUUCGAACAAAAAGCAAUUUGGCAGGGAAUUCUGCGUACGAUCUCCAGCGAUGCUGUGGAACGGUUCAUGAAAAAGUCUAUCUAUAUACCAUGUCGUUAAUUUUCCUGGACGAAUCUAUAAAUAGAUAACAUAUGCCAGAAUAAGUUGUCUCAACACUUGUGCAAAAUCCAAUCUAGAUUGACCGCAU